AAAAAUGCCAUUCGCGUUUGCGGUGACUGGUCCGAGCAAUUAAGCUCGAAAGGAAAGAUUUACUUCUAUAACUGCAUCACCGAGGUCUCCCAGUGGCAAAAGCCUCCGGAAUGGAAGUUACCUGAUAUGGAUCAUGAUGAGCUCCUGCGCUUGUUACGUGCCCGCGAGCAACUUGAUGCGAGGAAUUUGAAACGUCCCCGUGUUGUUGGUGCGUCGCACGCCAAUAGUAUCAAAGACGCAGAAGUUGAUCAUCGUUCUGCCUCACCAAAACGCGCCAAAUAUAUUGCUGAAAUCCGGAGCCGGAACGUGCCCGAAGAACGUAAACCGUCACCGAUUAUCCAGUCGGAAAGUUCUAAUUGUCGUCCCAAUUGUAUCACUCCUGCUGUUACACCCAAGGUGGGCAUUCCGAGACGUGCUAACUCCCGAACCAGUCCUCGAAAAGCUUAUGAUGAACGGUCCCAUGUCGACUAUCGGUUUGCUCAAUCUCGGAGAGAUACGGGUAGUUCUACCAAUCGUCUGGCACCAACGGAUGAUAUGGAUAUAUCCCCCGAUAGUUCUCCAAUGUCCGGAGGAAGUUCCCCGGUGCAUCAUCCUUACCACUCACAGCCAUCUGCCAGUCGGCGAAUCCGUUCGGGUCUUUCACACACGCUUCCGUCGGAAUUGUCAGCCUACAGCUCCGCGAAGCCAAGUAUUGGUAGCCAUUCCGAAACAGUAAUUCCACCCAAUAAGUCCUCUGGGCCGCUGUUACAAUUGGUGGACGCUCUACGAGCAUCGCUGGGCUUAUUCGGUGAUUCUCCUAACGCAAGUGUUGCUAAGGGUACUUUGGAACGUUUCCCGACAACUAACGGGGCUCAACUAGGCGGUCGCACAACUAAAUCCCACAACAGUGCCUUUCACGAAAAAGAUGAAAGAUACAGAUCGCCUUCUUUCAUGACGCGCGACGGCAGAGUUCGACCCCAAUGCUUGCCGUCUCCGGAUGCAGUUGCUCCACAUCACCGGAUUCCCGAGAAAGUUAGCGAUCCAUCUCCCAGACUCGGUAUACCGAAUAGCAAUGCAAAAAGCUGUCCCGACGCUCAUCGGUCCAACAUAACGGAUAACCCAAACAAGGCGAGAGAUUACUUCUUGCUGGCUUACAAUUCGCACUUAGUUGUGCAAGGGCUAGAGGUGCGCCCUCAAAAUAAAAAAAGGCCGAAUGUUGCUGGGGACGGCUCGCUCAUCAAACUCCCAAUUAACUUUAACUUCUACAAGCUUCGUAACCCAUCCUACGGCGUCCCCGUUAAUGAAAAGUUCUAUCGCGAUUCGGACCAGAGCAAUCAGGCUGAUCGCAUCAGCGAUUUGGUAAAGCUCGUGGCGAACACAGAUGCUUCACAGAUUCUCCAGUCCCAAGUUUUCAUUCCUCUGCGGUUGCUGGCGACUCGCAUCACAAGAAAUGCGGUUUCUAUUCAACCUGUUGGUCUAGGGCGCUUGGCUGAGAAACAGACUCCUUCCCCCGUUGAUCGACUACUAGAGGACAAAUGCUUGACAAGAAUUAACAAAAUUCUCAGUAGCUCUGAAGCGCUCCAGUUUUUGGAUCCUACGAUUGCUUCGAGAUAUAUGGACAAAACAGUCGAGCGAUUGGAGCACGACGCUCAAAUGGAAGCCAAAAAGUUUGAUCAACUUCAAAGUGUAUUGUACGGUGAACUUUCUGUGGAAUCGAAGAAACUUCGCGCUUUGGUAAGGAUAAGCGAAGCCAAACUCGCUAUCCACAAAGAAAAACAAUCGGCAUUACAGGAGUUGAUGGACGCCAUUGAAACUCGACGACAUUUACCAAGUUUGUCUUUCUCUGAUGAUGUACUAGGAUGUUCAACUCUCGCUGGAAACCUGUAA